AUGCCCGUCGACUACAGCAAAUGGGAUGCUCUGGAGCUGAGCGACGAUUCUGAUAUCGAAGUCCACCCCAAUGUGGACAAACGUUCCUUUAUUCGAGCCAAACAAAAUCAGAUCCAUCAACAACGAUUCGAGCGCAAGAACCAAAUCGAGACAUACAAAUACGAGCGUAUUAUCAACGAUGGCCUUCUCAAACGGAUUAACGCCCUCCUCACUGCAUUAGAAUCGCAUGGGAAGGAGGCGGAUACCCGCAGUCCGGAUGAGCUGGUGUUCCAAGCUAUCAUGGAAUCAGUGGGAGCAUCGGAAGAUGGUGACAAACCUCCUCCACCACCAGUUGGUGUUCACACCCAGGAGAAGGAGCUUCCAAGCUACUCCAAGAUGAUGGCGGCACUGGUUGAUCAAGUCAAAGCAAAGGUUGAUGAAGAUAAGCCGGCAGACUCAGACCGAUAUGAAGCAUACGUCACAGAGAUUAAGGCACAUAGAACUAAGGUGGAGGGCCUGCAGACGCAGUUGCUGGCGGAGCUAAAUAAGCUGGAGGUGGAGGAAGGAAGGAAAAUCACAAGUGAAGGCUUGCACGACGGCUUCAAUAGUUCGCACGUUACUAAAGCCAGUGCCGUCCCUGCGCCGGAACCUAAGAAGACUACAACCAAGAAAGUCCAGGCAGUCGAGGUCCUGAACCCAAAUUCCCUAGCUGCUAGAGACACAGAUCCACAAUCUUCUGGCGCUGAUGGCGAUGUUGACGAGCCACGUCUGGAUGAUGAUGACGACGAAGAGGAGAUGGAGCCAACAGAGCUCGGUAAGGCAUUUGCGAAGAUCAAGAUGGGAGACUACCGAACCUGCCUACAAUAUAUUUUCGAGCAUCCUGCAGUACUAGCUGAGAGAGAAACAGACGGAUUACUCGUCAUGGCCUUCAACAGCGCUCUUCAAGGAAAGGAGGACUUUGCAAGACAAUGUGUUCAUCAAGGUCUUCUGCUACAGUACUGCCGAGCUCUAGGACGAGAUGGUGUUGGCCUGUUCUUCAAGCGCAUCACAACUCAAGGUCACCAGGCACAGAAAGUAUUUUUCGACGACGUGCAAUCUACUUUUGCUCGUAUCAAAGUCAGAGCAAAGGAGCUUGAGAAGCAGAGAGCGCAAGAGGAAGCCGAUGGAAGCGGUGGGGUUGAGCAGAUCCAGCUACAUGCUGUGGAUCCGGGAACGACCAUCAACAUCAAGAUUCCACCUCCAACAAGCGAGAACCCAGAAGAGGUCGAAGCAAGGAAACUGUUCGAAGCUUUCCCACCUGGCCUCCAGAGAGCUUUGGAGAGUGGAAGUUUGGACGAGGUUAACAAAGUAUUGGGUAAGAUGAGUGUGGAGGAGGCCGAAGAAGUUGUUGGCCAACUGGGCGAGGGCGGAAUGCUGUCUCUUGAAGAGCAGAUUAUUGACGCUACCACCGAAGAAGGUCAACAGGCACUCAAGGAAUUCGAAGAACAAGAGCGAGCUGCCGCCAAGGCGAGCGCUGCUUCUUCAGGCAAGUAUUCUGAAGACCCAGAAUAG